AUGCAAUGCGCUUUAAGAGAAAGUUUACCGGAUGAUGUUCUGGUUCUCAUUAUUUCCUGUUUGCCGACGAAAGUAGCAGCAAAAACUAGCCUUCUUUCACGACGAUGGAGAUCCGUAUGGACCUUACUCCCACGUUUGGAGUUUGAUGCUUCAAACACAUCGAGUAAAAUCAAAAACCGAACUUUUGGUUCUACGAGUAUCAGUGAGUUUGUAGCUUCAGAAAAGGUUAGGUUCGUGAGCGUGGUGAAUCAGGUCGUGGAAUCAUACCCUCUACCUGCUAUUGAUGAAUUCAAGGUUUGCUUUGAUCACGACAUACUUCAUAAGCAUGACAUUGAUAAAUGGGUCAAGUUUGUUUUUGAAAAGAAAGCUAAAAGAAUAGAAUUGGAUUUCUCACGUGCAAAAGUCGCUGGUCCAUCUCUCCGCUUGAAAUACUUGGAGAUAUAUGGUUGUUCAAGGUUGAAGAGUUUGGAAGUUGUUGCCACCAACCUUUUAACUCUCAAAUAUUGUGGACCAUAUAUAAAUAUUCCCUUUGAGAAUAUUCCAAACCUCAUAGAAUUAUGCAUCGGGAAGGCACUUACUGGUAAGUUGCAGCAGAUUUUAACAUUUUUCCCUCGGCUCCGUAAGCUUCAACUCGACAUAGGAUAUGUGGAGAACACGGUGAGAAGGCUUGAAUACCCUCUAAUGAAUCAGCUGAAGCAGAUGGAACCGAGGAUUUAUGGAGAUAAUAUGUAUAGACUUCUUUUCUUGUCUUCGUGGAUCAAAGCUUGCCCUUCCUUGCACCGAUUCGCUUUGGAUUUUGAAUGGGGAGGUUGUAGUUAUUUUAAGAGAUUUGAGAAACGUCAAAAAAGUGUUCAUCAUAACCUGAAAGUGGUGGAAAUAAGUGGGUUUGUUGGAAAAAUUGUUGAUACUGAAUUAUAUAUGUUGUUGAUCGAGAUUGCUAUUGUGCUCGAGAAGAUUGUUAUUACCCCUACCGAUAUUUAG